AAAAAAGCUUGGUUUGUUUACUGAGGCUCUCCCUGAAUCGAAGCCCGAACUACGUAGGUCCCUUUAAUAGCAUACUUGUACAUCCAUUUUUGUCGAUUACUAACUUACUAAAUUUAUAAAAAACGAACAGUAGAGAUGUUUAGGCUCUUAGUUCUCGCUAAAUUCAUACCAAAGCCGCUUAAUGCCUACCGUAGGUACCUACAGUGUCGCCCGGCGGCAGCUAAAGAAAUUCCCCCUACUAGACCGGUGAGCUUGAACUCUUAAUGGCCUGUAAAUAACUCUAACGGUGAUACUGUUUUGCAGAGUCAGCCGCCAGUGGAUCCCGGGCGCAGGACCUUGUACUCGCAUCUUUCACACACACAGACAGAGAAACGAUUGGGUUUCCUUCUAACAACAUUCGACCGGCAUGCUAUUGGAGUUACGCAGAUGCUAGCCACUGCUGACCAGGAAGCCAAAAUCCAAGGCCUCACGGAAGAAGAAGUCGAAGAAGUAAAAGAGAAAGUGUAUGAACGGAUUGUGGAGUGUUUAGAAGGAGAGGGCUAUCCAAGCACUAUGAAUGAGCACUAUAAAGAAGCCAACGUUAACGACCUCGUGUUCACAAUGCUUAUCCCGGUAAUUGCUAUGUAUAAAAGAAAAACUGGACGAAAUCUA